UUAUAUCUUUUUUCCAAUAAUAAAUUAAUUUUUUGUGGAAAUGAAAUUCUAUUUGGUAGCACUCUUUUUGUUAGUUUGUUUCGCGUAUAACAACGAUGCUUCAUCCGACGAUAAUUCUACUUCGGUAGUCGGAGUUGCCAGGGUAGCGGAAAUAACCGAAAUACCAGGAAUAAACGGAGAAAGCUCACGUUAUAUAGGACCUCUCCAAUGUUGGCCCAGGAAAUAUUACAAUUGUUUUGCAAUCUAUUGCCCUUACUAUAUGAGACACUAUGAUUAUUUUAGACAUUGCUGGAGAUGUUACUAUAACUACUAUGCCAAAGCUGAUAGUGAGGAGACUGUUGCUCUUAAUGAUACCCAAACGCAAUGAACUCAUCUUUGAUGAUAAAAAUUUGAAAUAUUAUACUUGUAUAAAUUUUCUUACUUUGGUUAAGUUCUUUUAUAAUAAAUCAUGUUAAUCAAAAAUAAAAGGUUAUAAUCUGUUUAAACAAUAAAUUUAUUUACGAAACAUAAAAUAAAGGUAAAUACGAGGUAUUGUUAUAA